AUGGACACAACCCACCACUCUCAGCAUAUUCCUGUCGCCAUCGUCGCGGACCUCCAGAUCGUGGGCGUGACCACCAUCAUCGUGGAGCGGGCAGAGCCAGCGGAGGACACCUCCACUGUUCCCCCCACACCUGCCUUCAUCCUCCGGCGCAUCGUCAGCCCUCGCGGCCGCGCCCUGGCCGUGGGGGACCGCAUCUCUGCUUUCCUCAAGCGCGACCCCAAGAACCCCAACAGCGGAGACGUCCUUGCCUUCCGCGGAGAGAUAUCAGCCAGCCAGACGGUCGCUGACCAGGAAGCCCCGACGCACCUUCGAGUGGGCCCCCGCGACCUCAUUGGCUACACGGAGGAGUUCUCCAACCUCAGACCACUCCACAAGGCGCCAGUCACCCUUUAUGCCUCGAGCGCAGCCCACCACCCCAUCCCGCUUCCCAAAGUAGCUCGCACUCUGGAGCCCCCUUUCCUCUCCUGGCUGCGCCAGCUCAUCCGCGCCACACGCGGGCUCGGAGCCUCUAACCCCUCCCCCCUGAAGGCCUGA